AUGUCAACAUGGCAAUCAAAGGCUGACGUGUUAUUUGUUCUGGACGGCUCCGACACCGUGGGGUCUGCCAACUACGACAACUUGAAAGCUUUUCUCUCAGACCUCGUGCGACAGUGGAACAUUGGACCUAAUGCCGUGCAGGUAUCUGUGGUGAAUUAUGGCCAAGGAGUCUCACAGGAGUUCGACCUGGAUGAGGCGGCAGAUGUACAGACAGCUCUUCAGAAGAUUAAUGGUCUGAAGUUUCCUGGAGGUACUUCUGAUGUGGCCGACGCCCUCAAGUAUGCUCACGGGGCGGGGCUGUCAAUCACUCACGGUGCCAGGACUGGGGUACCCCACGUCAUCAUUCACGUGACCGAUCGGCCGUCCGCUGACAAACAGGCAGCCAUCAACGAAGCCCAGAAAGCCUUCGACAAGGGUGUCACCAUCUAUAACGUCGCCAUUGGGGAGGGCACGGACGACAUGAAAGAGACGACCAGCGACCCGCAGUCCAGGUACCUCCUCAAGGCAGACUCGUACGCCGCGCUCCAGUCGCUUGUACCAGUGUUGGGAUCCAGGAUCAACAAUGAGGUUCCUGUGAGCUCCCAAAGCCUGCCAGCGCCUAACUCAUGCCUCCAGAAGGCGGACUUGGUCUUCAUCGUUGACUCCAGCUCCAGUGUAGGGCAAAGUGACUUCCAGCAUCUAGAAGACUUCCUCAAGGAUUUCGUCCUUCAGCUUCCCAUUGACCAAGACAAAGUGAGAGUGGGCGUUGUCCAGUACGGGAACCACCCAUCCCUGGAGUUCGCGCUGGACAUUUACAACCAGAGCCUGUCAGUUCUGCACGCCAUCGACGGGCUGAGCUUCAUGGGCGGCGGAACCAACACGGGAGACGCCAUCGACUACACCAAGACAGAGGUCUUUUCCUCCACGCAGGGCGCCAGAUACGGGGUGAGGUUAUUCACCAACGUUGCAACGCCCGCACCAACUCUGCCCCCAGGAGUCACGACCCAAGACCCUUGCUUCGAUGCCAACAACAACUGCGCCAACUUUGCAAGCGACACCUGUACAAGUUACGAAGCAUGGUCGAGGCAAAACUGCAACAAAUACUGCGGUUUUUGCUCACAUGGAAAGUGCUUUUACAAAGGCAAAGAGUAUGGGCAUAGUGAGAAAUGGCUUGAUGGGUGUGACUAUGAGUGCAUUUGUGAAGAUGGAAAAACAGGAUCCUAUAGAUGCUUCAACAGAUGUCCAGUGUAUUCUGACCUUCCGCCGGAGUGCACUCUGAUUUCUGUUCCUGAUGAGUGCUGUUUGAAGCCUGUGUGUGAUUUCAAACAGAAGGUCACCACAUCACAGGGAUCGGGGAAAGGGGUCAACCCACAGGGGAUUGCUUCUAUACAUAAAACCUCUUGCAAAAUAUAUUAUUUUCUUUUGUUUGAUUUCCUGUUGAUCUCACACGCAGCCAUGUGUGUCUAUGGAGGCUUGCAAUACUUCAAUGGUCAGAGCUGGGACGUCGGCUGUGACCUGAGGUGCACGUGCACCGAUUCACAAACUGGAACCUACAUCUGCCAGUCAUACUGCCCAACAUACGAUUCAGUGCCUAGCUAUUGCCAGCUGGUGAAAAAAGCUGGUGACUGUUGUGCUUCGCCUGUUUGUGAGUUCCAGACUCUGACAGGAAUAUCUACUGGUUCUGGCACACUUUCUGGAAACGGAAUUAAAUUCAUCAAUUGUCUAUUCACAGAUGCCUCUCCUCCUGACCGGAGCUGCACGGACAAAGUGAACAACUGCCCCUCCUACGGCAAGUCUGUGUGCCGGGAAUAUGACCAGUGGGCCCAGGAGCACUGUGCAAAGUACUGCAACCUUUGUGGUGAGAAACUAGGUCUUGUGUCAAACUGUCAUGUUAUGACUUACUUAGACGUGAACACAAGAAAUGACAUUCAUUGGAGUUCAGAAAGACCAGACAACCUCGUUGACCGCAACCUGCGCACACAGAAUGCGUGGGUUGCAGUAGGAUUAAUUGGUCCGAACUGGUUCAUUGUUGAAGACUAUGUUCCUGUGACUCCUGCUCCAACACCGGAUGCAUUGAGUAGCAUGCCUCUAGCAUGUUUUGUUAUUCAAAAUGUACAUAUUUUUCUUUCUUUAGAUGUGUGUCUGUAUGAUGGCAAGCCUUACAAAUUGGGAGAGUCCUGGUCUGUAGACUGUGAUCUAGAAUGUACCUGCGAGGUCCCCGCCUACGGAUACUACAGAUGUCACAACAAAUGUCCGGAGUACAGUGACCUCCCAACAGGCUGUAAGACUCAAAGAAAGAUUGGAGAAUGUUGUCCUCAAGUUGUUUGCAGUAAAGGCAAUUUCUACCCAUCAGGUAAUGCAAAUAGUUUCAAACUAAUUCACUCCACCAAUGUGAACAGUAUUGGCAACGGUGGGGGACUGACUAUGCCAGGUCCUAAUGGAAGCACCAUUGACGUGAUGCCCACAGUGUCCGGUUCUGUAUCAGGCACUCCUGUCAACUUUGGACGCGGAAAUAGAAUUGAUGGCUGCCUGUUUGAGGGGCGAGUGUACGUGCAGAGUCAACAGUGGCACAUCGGCUGCAGACUGAGCUGUGUUUGUCUGGACGCUGCUUCAGGGCGCUACGAUUGCAGGGAGAGGUGUCCGAAAUACAACAACGCUCCUUCCACCUGUGAGAUGAAACCCGACCCGAGCGACACCUGCUGUACCUUCCCUACGAACUGCGGCACUCCUUACUUCCCUUUACCUACUUAUGCUAAGACGGUGACAAAUGUCGGAGCUGUGAUGUCACCGAGUAUCAAUGAUCUCAUCUAUGGACACUACACGACAAAAUUCACAGUCACCUUCAGUGGGAUUACUGUGAAAGCACCGACCACACCAGUUCCUGUUAACGUUUAUGGUUACUGUGUGUACAAGAAUAAAACGUACUCACACGGUGAGAAAUGGGAAGAUGGAUGCUCCUACAAUUGUGUCUGUGAGGAUGCAGUGACUGGAAGCUACAGAUGUAUUGAAAAGUGUGAGCAUUACGUCGACCUGCCACCACAGUACUGUCACUUAGAGCAGGACCCGUUCAACCCGUGCUGUCAGCGGCCAGUGUGUAACUUUGUGGCCGGCCACGACAUCAUCAAGGGAGAGAGGAACGAGAGCCUCACCACAACUACAACAACGACAACAACAACGCUGGCACCUUUCACACGAGUCACAACAACUCAGUCUCCACCAAGAAGAGAGUUGUGUGUGUACAAAGGAAUGUUCUACACAGAAGGGCAGACUUGGUUUGAUGGUUGUGACUUCAAGUGCUCAUGUGAUGAUGCGAAGGCUAAUGUUUUUACUUGUCUAACCAGGUGCCCGUCAUAUGCUGGGAACUUCAGUUCCUGUGGUCAGGUGGCUGACCCUGAGGACCCUCAGUGCUGUAGCGCACCUGAGUGCACCGGCGUUGCUCUCCCCCCUGGCACUUACACUGGCACUGGCACAAACCAGAACAGAGACAAAUGUGUCUAUAAAGGGGUUGAGUAUUCUGAUGGAGAUGUUUGGGAAGAUGGUUGUCAACUUCAGUGUGAGUGUGUGGAUUCCUCAAAUGGCUUCAUACAGUGCACAGACAAAUGCCCCAAGAUCACGGAAGUACCCCCCGAUUGCUACUUGGUCCAAGACUUUGCCAACCCGUGCUGCAUGAUGAUGCAGUGUCUACCCUAUCCUAGGACAACUCUAGCACCCCUACCAGGGCUCACGCCACUGCCUAUUCCCUCUUGCAAGUAUUACGGUGCUAAGUACUAUGAAGGUCAAAUGUGGAUGGAUGGCUGCAAGUUCAAGUGUCAGUGUGAAGAUGCCUCAACUGGCUUAUACACAUGCACAGACAGAUGUCCCUCCUACAAUGCCGGUGCUCUACCCCCUGGGUGUCAGCUGUUGACAGACCCACAAGACGCGUGCUGCAUGAAGCCAGUGUGUUCCCCCGCCACUAUGGUGCCGGGCACCGUGUUGCCACAGACUCUUGUGCCAGGCAUGGUCACAGGCACAGCAUCUGUACCUGUUGCAGGACAAGUUCCGAAUCUGCGUUUCUGUAGUUACAAGCGUCAGCAGUAUAGCCAGGAUGAGGAAUGGUUUGAUGGCUGUGAAUAUGCCUGCAAAUGUGAGGAUGCAACAAAGGGUUUCUACACUUGCACAGAGAGAUGCCCUACCUAUGGUGCCCUGCCUCCGUCUUGCAAGAUGGUGAAAGAUGCUGCAAAUCCUUGUUGUCAAGUGCCGGUCUGUGACCCGGAUUACAGCACUCCUACGUCAAACCCUAUGUCCACUCUUGCUCCAGGGAAAAUAACUACUCUGAAACCACAACCUGCUGAUGUUUGUGUUUACAAUGGUCAAGCCUAUGCUCAGGGACAGAGCUGGUACGACGGCUGUCAGUACAAGUGUACUUGUGAGGACGCUACACUGGGUAUAUACAGAUGCUCUGACAGGUGUGUAGCACAACCGCCUCCCCCUCAGAACUGCAGCAUGGUUCCCGACCCCAGCGACCCGUUGUGCUGUGAAGUUACGAAGUGUGACCUUGACCCUCAGAGCCCCCAGAAGAAGGGCAACCUGCUGCCUACCCUGGUGCCUGGCGUGGUGACAGGAAGACAGGUCACACCAGCUCCUCUGCCAGGAUCUGUGCCGACCCUAAAUGCUUGCAUUUACAAUGGUGUCAGCUAUCGAAAAGGGCAACGGUGGGCAGAUGGCUGCAAGUAUGACUGUGUGUGCGAUGACGGAAAAACGGGAAUGUACACCUGUACUGAAAGAUGUCCAAACUAUGGCCUUCUGCCACCUCAGUGCUCGUACGUGACCAACCCAAGAGACCCGUGCUGCAAACAGCCGUACUGCGACCUCACACUGCCCACUCCACCCACACUGGCGCCACAAAACACGCUAGUCCCCGGGAUAAACAAACCUUCCUGUGUGUACAAUGGAGUAGCUUACAGUCAGGGCUCUCACUGGUUUGACGGCUGUGACUUCCGAUGUGUGUGUGAGGACGCUCUCACGGGGAACUACCGCUGUGAAGAAAGAUGCUCCACUCUGAGUCCUGUGCCCACUGGCUGCCAGAUUGAGGUUGACGCCUACGACGCUUGCUGCCAAUCUGUACUCUGUCAACCCGACCAGCUCCCAACUCCCUCCCCUAUGACCUACCCACUACCUGUUCCCAUACCUGCCAAAGUACCUGGGAAAAUCACUGGUCAGAAUGUGAACACUAGCACAACUGGCUGUCUGUACGGGGGAGUUCUGUACAGAACGGGAAACACAUGGGAUGAUGGCUGCCAAUACAAGUGCAAGUGCUUGGAUGAGAACACUGGGGUCUAUCAGUGUACUGAAAGAUGCUUUGAGUUCCAGAACAUUCCUGCCACCUGCCAGCUGGUGGUGGACCCGGUAGACAUCUGCUGUGAGGUACCGAAGUGUGCGCCGCCGCCCACCACCCAGAGCCCCCCCACCACUCUGUUUGCCGUGCCCACACCCGUGCCUGGGCCAGGGGACACAACCACUCUUGUACCUGGAGUAAGGACGCCGCCCGGCCCAGCAUUUUGUGAGUACAGUGGUGUAUUGUACUCUCAAGACCAGUCCUGGUAUAAUGGCUGUGACUCAGUCUGUAUUUGUCAAGAUGCUUCAGCAAACUACACGACAUGCAGAGAUAGGUGUGCGACAUACGCCAGUAUUCCACCAGAAUGUAGAAUGGUGGCAGACCCCCAGGAUCCCACCUGCUGCAGAGUUCCUGAAUGCAUCCCCACCCCGGCUCCCACCUACACCCCUCUGCCCGCCGGUGCCCCCACACCCACACCCACCAUUGUGACUGUUGUGCCCGGGGUGGUGACAGGACAGGCGCCCAAGCCUCAACCUACGCCGGACCCUAAUACCGGAGUCACACUCAAGCCAGAACAUGCGUGUGUGUAUAAAGGCCUAGAUUACCGUCAGGGUAUGAAGUGGCAAGAUGGCUGUGAAUACAACUGUCAGUGUGUCAAUGAGACAACAGGGACUUAUAAAUGUGAUGAGAGGUGCCCAUCAUAUUCCUUUGUGCCAUCUGAGUGUCAGUUGAUCCCCGACCCCAAUGACUACUGUUGCCGCCUCAUGCAAUGUGACUUCAACAAACCGACCCUUGACCCCUACCAGCCAACACCUGGACCUGGCACUGGGGCGACGCCCACUCCAGGGGUCAAUCAGCCUCUCACACUGAGACCUGAUCUAGCCUUCUGUGUGUACCAGGGUGUGGCUUACAAGCAGGGCGACUCCUGGGACAUCGGCUGUGACCAGACGUGUCGGUGCGAGGAUGCUCCACGGAACUACUACACCUGUGCUGAUAGGUGCCGCACAUUCACCAACAUUGCCGCGGGCUGUCGCAAAGUGAUUGACCCUAAGGACUCUUGCUGUAUGGCCCUUGUGUGUGUGCCUGACCCAGGCCUGACCCCGACCCCGUACCCCGUUAACGUGCCCGGGGUCACGCCGCUUGCCCCCAAUCAGAUUCCCACAGCUGUGCCAGGAACCAUUGUGGGGAAACCCGGGCCUGGAGCACCUCCUGAUAUCACUGGCUGUGUUCAUAAUGGUGUCGAGUACAAAACCAGGGAAAAGUGGCAAGAUGGCUGUAACUAUGUUUGUGAAUGUUUAGAUGACAGAACAGGCCAGUACAAAUGCACUGACAGGUAUUUCAAAAAUGUAUAUUCUUGUUAUUACAAAGGAGCUUACCAUGGUCAAGGUCAGAAAUGGAGAGACGGAUGUGAAUUUAAUUGUGAGUGCAUCGAUGGAUCCACUGGAAAAUAUGAGUGUCUUGAAUUAUGUCCGCGCUAUCCGAACACGGCCACUUGCCCCAUGGUCAGAGACCCUAACAACCCGUGCUGCCUUAAGCCUGACUGUAACACUCCGAGCGUGACACCACCCUCCAUCACCGGCCCUGUUCCUGUCACAGUGAAGCCUCUGCCCACCCCAUACCCCGUACAGCACACUACUCUGGUGCCCAAGACAGCAUUCUGUGUGUACCAAGGCCUGCCCUACAAGCAGUUUGACACCUGGACAGAUGGAUGUGACUUCAAGUGUCGCUGUGAAGAUGCUGCCGUCAAUCGGGUUAACUGUGAUCAAAGAUGCCCCAGCUACAGUAAUCUGCCGAGUGGUUGUUCUUUGGUCACCGACCCCAGCGACCCAUGUUGCCAGGUGCCCAACUGUGUGCCGGCUCCUGGCCAGACACCAGCGCCGACAGCCACAGGCGUCGUUGGUGUGGUCACUGGGAGAGCUCUACCAGAUCCUGCCUACCCUAACCCUCCAGGUAUGUGUGUUUAUCACGGGAAGACAUACCGAGAAGGAGACAAGUGGCAGGAUGACUGCUCCUUUAACUGCCAGUGUAUUGACGGCACCAAUGGAUACUACUACUGCACAGAGAGGUGUUCGCGCUACCCGUCAGUGCCGCAGGGAUGCCACCUUGAGCCCGACCCUCAGGACCUCUGCUGUGAGGCUCUGAUCUGCGAGGGGCCAGCCCCCCCGACCCUGGCACCGGUCAGUCCGACAGGCAACACCGGGCCGGUCACUGUCCCCAUUGUGGCGCCCACACUGCCUGUCAGCCAGGGUGUGUCUGUGCCCACACCUCCUGCCCCAACGGCCACCCUGAAGCCACCUGCAGUAGACGUGUGUGUCUACAAGGGUCAACUGUACCUGCAAGGACAAAGCUGGUACGAUGGCUGUCGCAUGCAGUGCUCAUGCGAUAAUGCAACAAUCCAGUACUACAGCUGCCAGGAAAGAUGCACAGCGUACAGCUCCCUGCCACCUGAGUGUGUGAUGGUUCCCGACCCGGCUGACCCCUCAUGCUGUAACGUUCCCAGCUGCCCGCUGGUCCCUAAGGGUCAGGUCCCGACACCUGGGCCAAUCAUUCCUCCACAAGUUCCAGGAAAAGUUGUGGGCAUAGGCAAGGUUCCGACACCCGCCCCUCAAGUGACUCCCGUUGGUUUCACAGGCACCACACAGUUGCCACCCACUGCAGCCCUAGGCUGUCUCUACAAGGGAGUGGUCUACAAGCAGAAUGACCAAUGGUCUGAUGGCUGUGAGUGGGACUGUGUUUGCGAGGACGACAUCACUGGCCAGUAUAAGUGUACUGAAAAAUGUCCUCGGAAGUAUGCUCUGCCCAGCCAGUGUGUCCUGCUGAAGGAUCCGGCCAACCCAUGCUGUGAGCUGCCCUAUUGUGACUUUGUGAACCCCACGCCGUUCCCCAAUGGAAUUCCCACCGCUGUGCCAGGCCAGGCUCCUAUCAACAUCACUGGGGUCACCACUGGGUACAGCGAUGUCAGAGACGUCUGUGUGUACAAGGGAUCUUUCUACCAGCAAGAUGAGACCUGGAAUGAUGGGUGCAGCCUCUCUUGUGAAUGUGUCAACGCCAACACUGGACUCUACGAAUGUGUUGACAGAUGCCCAACUUACAUCAAUGUAUCCAAGGAGUGUGUGAUGGUGACAGACCCUAAGGAUUCUUGCUGCCAGGAGCCUAAGUGUCCCGUUCCCACACCAAACCCAAACCCUGGCCCUGUGCCCACAGCCUCCAACGGCAGCACCCUGGUGCCUCCCACACGCCCCAACGUCUACGUCGUGCAGCCGCAGCCUCCCAGGACGUUCACCGGACAAGGGGGUUCCCCACAGGUCCAGCUGGGUGGCAACAGCCCGUCACUCAGUGGAUACACCGAUUCCUGUUUGUACAAGGGAACCUUCUAUAAACAAGGUGAUACUUUUGAGGACGGCUGUCAGUACAGGUGCUCUUGUGUGGAUGCUCUCAGAGGCCGCUACAGAUGUGUCGAGAGAUGUCCCAGAUAUGACACCUUGCCGUCAUUCUGCACAAUGGAGACUGACCCGAAUGACAGCUGCUGUGUUAUUCCAAGGUGUGUGCCACCCAGUCCUACUCCUACUACACCUACAACUACCACAACUACAACAAUGACACCAGCCCCAGUCACCUUAGCCCCUGCCACAACUUUUGCACCACCGACGGCUACAACCACCGUCCCAACAACCACCACCACAGUUUCAACCACUACCCCACCCCCAAAUGUUUGCGUUUAUGACGGCAAGUUCUACAAUGCCAGAGACGCUUGGACUGAUGCCAAAGACUGCUCCAUGAGAUGUACAUGUCUCUCCAUCACCAACGUUUAUUCUUGUCACAAUAUCUGCCCAGUUUAUGCUGAGCUACCGUCGUACUGUAAGCUGAUCUUGCCUCAAGGCUCUAACUGUUGCAAAGAGCCUGUUUGUACCGUCAAUGGGAAGAACGUGACUGGUGAAGUCCCGAUCGGAACAGUUCAGACCAAAGGUGGCUCCAGCGCUAAGAGAGAUGUCAAUCCAACGACAGGCAAAGGUAUUUGUAACUACAAGGGUCAGCCCUACCCGGCUGGAGCGACAUGGUUUGAUGGCUGUGACUUCAGUUGUAGCUGUGCCCAGGACGGCAGCUAUUAUACUUGUGUGUCCAGAUGCCCCAGCUACCCUGCAUCUGGUGCCGUCUCUGCCAACUGCCAGACGGUGACAGUCCCCGGUCAGUGCUGUCCCGUCCUGCACUGCGACAUCCCAGGAGUGGGCAAGUACUCCCCAGUGCCCGACAUGUUGACCGUACCAGUCGUCCCACCCCCGAAACCUGGCCAGCCGGGCAAGACGGCAUCGGGACUUCCUCAGAUCUGGUUGGUCCCCGGCGUAAACUCAAACAAGCCCACGCUUCCCGGAGGGGGGUACGUGAUACCGAGUACAUCACCCGGUCUGACCGGCCUCCGAGACAAAUGUGUGUACAGCAACCAUCUGUAUGAUGAAGGGGACACCUGGUACGCUGGCUGUGAUCUCAUCUGCACAUGUCUCGAUGCGUUCACUGGACACUACACGUGCGAUCAUGAAUGCCCUACAUUUGAGGCAAAACUCCUUCCUUCUGGCUGUAGCCUGGUCCAGUCUGGCUGCUGCCAGAUGCCAACGUGCAGGAUGCCCAAUGGUACAGUGUUCGAUCCUGUGGCUAAGCCUGAGCCGACCAUGCCUGUUGUCAACGGAGUGGGUGGUGGUUUUACAGGAACAAAGCUCGGCUUCACGGGCAACUCCUCGUUCAUCUCAGGAGCCAGAAGUAAGAGAUAGAGUGUAUGGUAGUUCUUUCAAGUUUUUGUCUUUGAAGUUUUUGUAGCUUCAUCUCCAGAGCCAGAAAUAAGAGAUAGAGUUUAUUUUAGUUUUUUCAAGUUUUUGUCUUUAAAGUUUUUGUAGGUUCCUUUAGGACUGCGGAUGAGUACUAUUGUUUGUGUCUUUCCAUGUCUGUCUGUGUGAUCUCUUACAGACAAAUUCUAACGUGUUUAUCUUUUAACUCUUUCACUACCAUGGGCCGUGUUUCCCGGCUCUCAACUUCCUGCCCCAAAACCAUACCUACUUUUGUGGUAGUCGAAUCUGAAACUUAUGCUGAAAAAUGAUCGUUUUUAGCAACAUGUUGAGAUAGGUCAUUAUUUCCCCUUUAUUUCCGUAUAUAAUGCAAGUGACUAAUAUUGAAAAUUGAACCAAAAAAUCUUUAAUUUGUCCGACGGUAGGCAGAAUCAGA